CGAGAGAGAGAUAGGGAGAGGGCAAGGUGGAUAGCAAGAGGUAGGGGAGGGAGGCUGGCGGCUAUGGACCUCGGACUCUCUGUCCAAUACCCAAACGUAUAUAUAUAUCGAGAGGAGAGCAGGGGGUUCGAGGGUUGCGACCGGACGAGGGAAGCAAGAGCCUUCUCAACAACAUUCGCCUUUCCACCUUCCUUCUGGAUACGUAUUUCGAGAUGGAUAAUAAAGACAUCAAGGACCCCAACGCUUUUGACGAUGUCCACGUCGGCAAGCCCGAAUACGCAGACUAUGGCGAUGCGGCCGCUCAGGUCGAGACGUAUUCCGGAGAGUACGUCGAUGCCGGUCAUACCGCGCUGAAACGUGGGCUCAAGCCGCGUCACUUGGCGAUGAUCUCCAUCGGAGGUGUUAUCGGAACCGGUCUCUUCCUCGGUACCGCCAACGCCUUGAAGAACGGAGGACCUCUGGGUCUGCUGCUCGGUUAUGCCGCCAUGGGUUCCGUCUGCUACUCGGUCAUGAUCUCGCUCGGGAGCAUGAUCAGUUAUCUCCCCAUUCCCGGUGGUCACAUUAGGCUCGCCGAUCGUUUUGUCGACCCCGCUUUCGGAUUUGCUCUCGGAUGGAACUACUGGUACAACUGGACUAUCAUCUUGCCCGCUGAAUUGGCCGCCUCGGCCGUCCUUAUCAACUACUGGAUCGAACCUGCCAAAGUGAACAAUGCCGCCUGGAUCUCGAUCUGUCUGGUCGUCGUAUUCGCCAUCAAUUUCCUCGGAUCGGGCGUUUACGGCGAGACCGAGUUCUGGUUCUGCUCGAUCAAGGUAUUGACGAUUGUCGGUCUCAUCAUCCUCGGAAUCAUCUUGACCGCCGGAGGUGGACCCGAUGGCAAGGCCAUCGGUUUCCAGUACUGGAAGAACCCUGGACCGUUCGUGCAAUACCUCGGAAUCGCCGGUAGCAAGGGUCGAUUCCUCGGUUUCUGGGCUGUUCUUUCUCAAGCCGCCUUCUCCUACAUCGGUACAGAAAUUGUCGCCAUCGCCGCCGGUGAGGCCAAGAACCCCCGUCGAAACCUGCCCAAAGCCAUCAAGAGGGUCUACGUCCGAAUCUUGAUCUUCUACAUCGGUGGUGUCUUGGUCAUCGGUCUCCUCGUCCCUUCCAACCUCAAGGGUCUCGGUCUCGGAACCUCGAACGCCUCGGGCUCGCCCUUCGUCAUCGCCAUCAAGCGAUCCGGUAUCAAGGCCUUGCCCUCAAUCAUCAACGCCUGUCUCCUCACCUCGGCCUGGUCCGCGGCCUCGUCCGAUCUCUACACCUCGUCCCGAGCUCUCUACGGAUUGGCUUUGAACGGACAGGCGCCCAAGGUCUUUACUAAGACGACCAGGAACGGUGUUCCUUGGACCGCCCUUAUGUUCAGCGGAUCGUUCGGCGCCCUCGCCUACAUGAGUUUGCAGAGCAACGCCGGUACCGUGUUCAACUACUUUGCCAGUCUAACCGCUGGUGCUGGUCUCUUGACCUGGUUGGGUAUCUGUAUCCUCUACAUCCGAUUCCACGCCGGAAUGAAGGCUCAGGGCAUCGACAUGAGGACCUUGCCUUACCACUCCAAGUUGAACACUGGCGCCUUUGCCGCCAAGUACGCUGCCACCUUCAUCUCGGUCAUUCUGCUCUUCUUCGCCUGGAACGUCUUUGCGGACGUCAAGUCGGACAAGUUUGCCGCCGGACUCAUCACCAACUACCUCCCUCAAGUCAUGUUCCCCCUGAUCUACUUUGCGUACAAAUUGAUCAAGAAGACCAGGAUCAUCGGGGUCGAGGAGAUGGACUUUGUCUCUGGUAUCGCCGAGAUCGAGGCUGACGAGGAGGUUGAGUUGGAACCUGAGACCCGAUGGAAGCGGUUCCUCAGCUGGCUCUUCUAGAGCGUUGGGAGUGGACGGAUUCUAAGGGGGCAAAAAUCGCGAAUAUACUCGCGACAAACAUCAUCUCUAUACAUUAGGAGGCUAUGGCGGGACAAACGUUGUAUCAUAUUAGUAUUAUCCACUUCGCAUGAGCUAGUAUAGCGAGAUAUCCAGAACUUGCAGCGC